UUUGGACAUACGUAUAUAAAUACGUUUUAUAUUUUAUUUAAACAUAUUAUUGAGAAAUGAUCACGUAAAUUUCUUUAUCAACUAAAAACUUCUAUUUUGUUUAUGUUUGUUGUAAUUAACAUUUAAUGUUGUAAGAAUGGAAAAAGAAAGAUUUACAAUGCUACUUUUGGAACCAGGGGAAAUAUUUUUUGAGGAUUAUAGUGUUCAAAUGAAGGUACCUAAUACUUCUAAUUCGACAGAGCAAAAAUGGAUAGACGGAAGAUUAAAAUUAUGUUCAAAAUCCUUAGUAUUUGUAAAUAAGGAUAUUAAUCAGCCUUUAGUUAAAAUACAACUUAAAGAAGAUAUAACUAUCGAUCAAUGCGAAUCCGACAAUAAUAUAACAAGACGCACCAAUGUAUUGUCGGUCAAAUGCAAGCAGUAUGUGCAGAUGUUGGAGAAAAAUAUAAUCGCGCCAUAUAAAUUUAUACAUGAACAUGCCACUUUCUACUUUUAUUUCAACUAUGCAAAAGUAGAAGACUGUCUCCCACAAAUUUUGCAAUUACUGAGAGCGGCUACUUUGCCCACUGCUGAACAGAAUGCCAUGAUUAUGCUAAUCGUGCAUUCAAGACAGUCUAGAGUUUCGUUCGAUACAUCUUGGCUAGAGGAUUUAUACGAGCAAGUUGUGUUGGAAAUUCAAGCGAAUAAAAUACUACCCCUUGUUAUAAAUCCAGGCAGAAUUCUUUUAACACACUCAAGAAUUUAUUUUCAACCUUACAACAAUUUGGAACAAUAUCCAGUUCUAAAAAUACAGCUAAAGGAUAUUGUUAACAUAAUAAAGAGAAGAUUUAUUUUAAGACAAAUUGGACUUGAAAUUAAAUGGUUAAGACAUUCAGAGAAUAAAGUUGAACAUUUGUUUGUAUCAUUAAAGAAUCAAAAUGAGAGGGAUGAACUGUAUAUGAAUUUAUUAAGACAACCUGCAGUUUCCCUAGAAAGAGUUCCUCAAGAUCAAAUGACUAUGAGAUGGCAGAAUGGUUCUUUAUCAAAUUAUGAUUAUCUGUUAUAUAUUAACAGUUUGGCAGAUAGAACUUUUCAUGAUUUGACUCAGUAUCCGGUAAUGCCAUGGGUAAUACAAGAUUACACGUCUUUUACAUUGGAUUUGAACGAUCCCAGUGUUUAUAGAGAUCUUUCAAAACCUAUUGGAGCUCUUGAACCAAAUCGAUUCAAAAAAUUGAAGGAGCGAUAUUUGGAGAUGUUAGAACCAAAAUUUUUGUAUGGUUCGCAUUAUAGCGCACCAGGAUUUGUAUUAUUUUAUUUAGUUCGAAAGUAUCCUGAGUAUAUGCUGUGUUUACAAAAUGGAAGAUUUGACCAUCCCGACAGAAUGUUCAAUAGUGUAGCUGACGUAUGGAAAAAUGUUUUGGUGAACAUGUCUGACUUUAAAGAACUGAUCCCGGAAUUUUAUGACACAAACAAUGGUGGUGAUUUUUUAGUGAACAGUUAUGGUAUCGAUUUUGGUUAUCGACACGAUGGUACAAAAAUAGGAGAUGUACAGUUACCAGCGUGGGCAAAUGGACAUGCUCAUUUUAUACAAAUAUUAAGAAAUGCUUUAGAAAGUGAUCAUGUUUCCCAAAAUCUUCAUCAUUGGAUUGAUUUAAUAUUUGGAUAUAAACAACGGGGAAUUGAAGCGGAGAAAGCUGAUAAUGUAUUUUUUCACUUGUGCUACGAGGGAGCGGUAGAUCUAGAUACUAUUCUGGAUGUUAAUGAUAGACACGGUUUAGAGAUACAAAUUAUGGAGUUUGGUCAAAUACCAAAACAAAUUUUUACUUUACCUCAUCCAAAGCGUUCUGUCACAGUGUUGGAUAAAUUGUCUACUGAAACUGUUUCAACGUGUUUUAAAAGUGGAACAGAAAGUGAAACUCCCUUAGAGAGAGUUUUUCAACUACACGAAUUAAUGACGUUUCAAUCUCAUAAAGAAAGUGUAAGCAGCAUCACAAUGAUGAACAAAGAGAGAAUCGAUGAAGUAGUGUCAGUGGGACAGGAUGGAAUGCUUAAAUUAUACAAUAUAAAAAACAAAAAAUUAUCGCGUAGCGUAGCUCUAUCAUCAUUACCACUGUCUUCUUGCAUAUCAUACUAUACAUCAUCACAUCGUAAUAUAUUAAUAGUGGGCUCCUGGGACAAUUCGUUAAUAUUUUAUGACGUUGAAUUUGGUAGAGUAAUAGAUGUAUUAAAAGGGCACGAGGAUGCUGUUUCUUGUUUAGCAUUAAGUCCAUCUCGCCAAAUUAUUAUAUCUGGUUCAUGGGAUUGUACUGUUAAAGUUUGGCAAAACUAUAUUUCUGGAUCAAAAAUUAAACCAACAAAGUGCUUUAUCGCACAAUUAGAUCAUGAUUCUAAAGUAACCUGUAUGAAUAUAUCAAGAGAUGAGAAAUUAUUAGUCUCUGGCACAGAAGAUGGAGAAAUUUUGUUAUGGAACAUGGAUACUUAUAAUGUACAAUUUACUGUAAAAAGACAAACUUGUAAGAUAAAUGCAAUUGUAUUUGAUCAAGAAGGUAAGAGCAUAAUAUCAUGUGCAGAAGAUAAAGUAUUGAAUAUAAUAGAUGUCUAUACAAGUACCCAGGUUUAUUAUACAACCAUGGAACAUGAACCUUUAACACUGACAUGGUUGGAAACUUUUUUAUUGAUAGGCGAUAGCAAUGGAAAUAUAAAUAUAUGGAAUCGCGAGGGAACAAUUUUUGUUUCACAAAUACAUUAUCACGAUGGACCAAUUAAUGCAUUAUUAGUUUCUACGGAAAAUAAUAUAAUUUUGACUGGUGGAAAAGAUAGGAAAAUAGUUGUAUGGAAUUAUAAGAAGUUGUAAUUCUACAUUUAUAUUACAAUUGAAAAAUUGAAACUAUGUGUUUUAUCAUAAAUCUAAUCAGAAAUAGUUUAAUUUAUAAAUUGAAUUGAAUGUAGCAAACAAAAAUUGAUUACAUUUAGAACAGCCAUUCUAUGUUCAUUUAAUGAAUUUG